CAAAAGUAAUAUGGAUGAGAAACGAGUGAUUGAAUCGUUGACUCAAGGUAAGGAAUACGCUAAACAGCUCCAGAUUCAUCUCAACGACCCUAAUUCAUCUUCCCAUCAAACCCAACAAAUCUUGAUCAAUAACAUCCUCAAUUCCUACGACAAAUCCUUAUCUUUGCUCACCACUCCCAAUGCUAUUGGUACUCAGUCGCAUUUGCAUGCUGGAAUCGGAAUCACAAAGCUGGAAUCACAAGUCUUCUCCACCCAAGAUUCAGAUCAUGAGUUCAAAGAUCUGCAGGAUCACAAAGAUUUCAGUGCCAAGAGGAAUCCUAGUAGUAUGGAAAAGUGGAAGAAUGAAGUGAAAGUGAGAGCAGAUAUGGAGGUUGAAGAAGGUCUUGAUGAUGGGUAUAGUUGGAGCAAGUAUGGUCAAAAGGACAUUCUUGGUGCCAAACAUCCCAGAGGUUAUUAUAGAUGUACAUAUCGUCAUUCAGAAGGUUGUCUUGCAACUAAACAAGUUCAAAGAACUGAAGAUGAUCCAAAUAUCUUUAACAUAUCUUAUCGAGGAAGCCAUACCUGUAACCUUGGGACCAACACAACUUCAACGAUUCCACUACCAUUGCCAUCACCGCCACAAUCAAUUAUUCAACAUCUACAACAAGAAAACCAGCAAGCUCCCAGGUGCCCCGAAUUUCUAUUGGACCUCCAAACAUGUGAUAAGCCCACAACCGAAAAUAUAAAGACCUCGUCAUUUCAAUUCCCUUCAACAUCUAACAAUAGUAUAAUUUUUCCAACGCUUGAUAACGCAUUUGAUAGUAAUACAUCACCUUCCUUCAUCUCUCCGACAACCUCAGUGCCCGCUUAUUUCACAAUGUCACAACCCCGAGUGAGUGUAGUCCGAAAUAUUUCAAGUCCAGUGGCUGCAAAAUCUGAAGUAAACAAUGUUGUAUCGGUUGCUACAUCUUCUACCAGUUCACAUAACGUUGACGUGGGCUUCCAGUUUGGGCAAAUGGAAUUUGGUAACGACUUCAGUUUUGACAACUCAAUAUUUUUCGACUAAUAGUUGUAUACAAGCAUUGUGAUGACUUGUUCUCAUAGACAAUGAAUAGAAAUUGUUAGAAUCCUUAUUGAAGGUUAAGACAAAGAUGAGUUCAAAAUAGAGAUUAGCCAUGCAUUCUACUUAUUUAAAGUUUUUUGGUUUAUUUAAAGAUUGAUAGAUACUGGAUCUAUAAUAGACGAGAACAAUUGUUCCAACUAA